CACUGUGAUUGGUCCAUGGUCAUGGGUGUUUCCGCAUUCCGCUGUCAGUAGAAGCACAACUCUGAGCAGACUGUCGCGUGUCUGGAAGCCCGUCUACAUCUAUUCCCAGAGGAGGAUUCCCCGCUGAGUCAGGAUGCCUUAUGUCCUCGUCAGUACUCAGAUCAGACUGGAGACUGGUCCGACCUUGGUGGGGGACGAGUACUCAGACCCUGUCAUCAUGACCUACCUAGGAGCCAGGAAAACCACCAUGCUGGGAAACAACUUCUCUGAGUACCACGUAGACACCCCUCCUCGGCUGGUUCUGGACAAGCUGGAGAAGAUCGGCUUCCGAGUGGUGACCAUGACGGGCGUGGGGCAGACCCUGGUGUGGUGUCUGCACCGCGAGGCAGAGUGAGCCGUCCUGGAGGCUGGAGGGGGGCCGUCGUGGGGGCUGGAGGGGGGCCGUCCUGGAGGCUGGAGGGG